AUGUCCUCCAACGGCAAUGGCGUCAAGAAGGAGCGUACGCCUCUGCGUGCAGGUGUCUACUCGCCUACCAUGACUUUCUUCGACCCCGAGACAGAAGAACUCGACGUGGCCACCAUCAAGAAGCAUGCCGUCCGCCUUGCCGAGGCCGGCCUCGUCGGUCUCGUGACCAUGGGAUCCAACGGUGAAGCCGUCCACCUUUCUCGUGCAGAGAAGCAGACAGUCACACGGGCAACCCGCGAAGCUCUCGACGAAGCCGGCUACAAACAUGUUCCCGUCAUCGUGGGUGCCUCAGAGCACGGCAUCAAGCUGACCAUCGAACUCGCCAAAGAAGCUGCAGAGGCCGGUGGUGAAUACAUCCUCACCGUUCCCCCCUCUUACUACCGCUACGCCGUUGACGAGGAGGCCAUUGAGGAAUACUUCACAAAGGUCGCUGACGCAUCGCCCCUGCCCAUCAUCAUCUACAACUACCCUGGUGCCGUCUCUGGAAUCGACAUUGACUCCGACCUGCUUAUUAAGCUGGGCAAGCACCCCAACAUUGUCGGCACAAAGUUCACCUGCGGCAGCACAGGAAAGCUGACCCGUGUGGCGUACGCCCUCGACGCCGUCUCCACAAAGGGCACAGGCAGCGGUUACAUGGCGCUCGGUGGCAUUGCAGACUUCACAGCGCAGACAGCUGCCUCGGGCGGCUCCGGCAUCAUUGCCGGUGGCGCCAACGUCAUCCCCAAGACCUGCGUCAAGGUCUGGAACCUGUGUGUCGAGGGCAAGCUCGAGGAGGCGUUUGAGCUGCAGAAGAAGCUGAGCAAGGGUGACUGGGUGCUUACCAAGGCUGCCAUCCCUGGCACCAAGUCGGCGAUUCAGAGCUACUUCGGCUACGGCGGGUACCCGAGGAGGCCGCUGAAGAGGCUCUCAAAGGAGAAGACUGAUGCCGUUGCCGAGGGCAUCAAGGAGAUCAUGGAGAUUGAGAAGAGCUUAUGA